AUGGAAAGAGUACUGACCGUCAAGAGAAGAAACCACGGACGCAACAAGACCGGUCGUGGCCACGUUAAGCCCGUCCGCUGCUCCAACUGCUCCCGCUGCGUCCCCAAGGACAAGGCCAUCAAGCGUUACACCGUCCGCCCUAUGGUCGAGUUGGCUGCCGUCCGUGAUAUCACUGAGGCUCUUGUCUACAAGGAGUACACCCUCCCCAAGUUCUACAUCAAGAUCCACUACUGCAUCUCCUGCGCUGUCCACGCCCACAUUGUCCGUGUUCGUUCCCAUGUCGGCCGUCGCAGCCGUGCUCCCCCACCACGCUUCCGCUUCAAGGAUGGUAAGAAGGUCGCUCCCGCUCAGGUUGCCAAGCCUCUCCUGAUCGAUGACGCAGGAUGGCGCCAAGCUGCUUAUGGUCGUCAGAGAAAGACGCGUUCCGUCUCAGGCAUCUCGCUCAAGACGCAAGCACUCUACGCAACGGUGUUCUUGACGCGCUAUACGGAUCUGUUUGCCAAUUUCCAAUCUCUCUACAACACCACCAUGAAGGUCUUCUUUAUCGCGUCCUCGUUGUACAUUGUGUACCUGAUGAAGUUCACGUUCAAAGCAACCAACGAUCCUCGUCUUGAUACCUUCAAAGUCCAAUAUGUCGUCGGUGGUGUCGCUGCUUUAGCGCUAAUCGCCAAUUAUGCGUUUACAGUCCAGGAGGUACUCUGGACAUUUUCGAUCUAUCUCGAAGCAGUGGCGAUCCUACCACAACUCUUCAUGCUCACCAAAACCGGCGAGGCCGAAGUCAUCACCACCCACUACCUCUUUGCAUUGGGAACAUAUCGUGGACUCUACCUCGUCAAUUGGAUCUAUCGGUACAGGACUGAGUACUACGUCGACUGGAUUGUCUGGAUUGCGGGAGCUGUGCAGACUGGACUCUACUGCGACUUUUUCUACAUCUACUUUACAAAGUAUGUAAACUAA